AUGGGCGAGAUGAGACUAUCUUCUGUGGUUGAAGCAGAACCAUAUAGAUGGCCACACAACUUGUCCUUAGGCCCAGACAACACCGCCCUCAUCGUUAUUGACAUGCAGGUGGAUUUCUGUGCUCCAGGGGGUUACCUGGAUGCACAAGGUCUUUCAAUAGAGUCUACGAGAGCGAUAAUCCCUCGCAUUCAGGAGCUCUUGGACGCGUUUAGAAAAGGCGGAUAUCAGGUCUAUCACACCCGCGAAGGCCAUCGACCAGACCUGUCCACGCUCUCGAGCCGCGAACUCCUGCGCAGUCGCAAUAACCCCAGUGGAAAGGGUAUUGGGGACGUGGGCCCUCUCGGCAGACUCCUUGUCCGCGGCGAAAGGGGCCAUGAGAUUAUACCAGAGCUAGCCCCCUUGCCGUCGGAGCCAGUUAUCGACAAGCCCGGAAGGAGUGCCUUCCAGCAUACUGAUUUGAAGUUGCUCUUGGACAAUCGUGGGAUAAAGAACAUGGUGAUCUGUGGUGUCACAACGGAUGUGUGUGUUACGAGUACCAUGAGAGACGGUAACGAUAUGGGACUUGACUGUCUUCUUGUCUCCGACGCUUCAGCGGCCGGGCAACAGCAUCUGCAUGAAGCUGCCGUGGCGAGUGUGUGCGAAGAAGGCGGAAUCUUUGGAGCUGUGGCAACCACCCAGGAAGUGCUUGCGGCUGUAGGAAGAGCAAGUUCAUAA